CAGCUGAUUUCGGCGUGUGGGUGCAUCAGUGAACCACGUCAGUGUGCGUAAAAGUUUGCUGGAGUGUGUAUCGUCUGCUCCUGUUUGUUUUGUCCCGGUGGAAAAUAUCCAAAAAUCAGGAACACGAUCCCUGCUCAAAAUAAGCUUCAAUACAAGAAUGCGUAUUUUAAGACCCCUUUCAUAUUCUAUCGGCUUACCUACCUUCAUCCGAAAUUUUUCAGCAACAAUGAGUGGAAAUGAGGACUUCAAGUCUGCUAAUUCAAUUUACGACUUCACAGCUAAAUCCAUUAAAGGAGAAGAUGUUCCACUGUCAAAAUACAAAGGACACGUCUGCUUAAUUGUUAACGUGGCUUCAAAAUGUGGACUUACAGCAACUAAUUAUAAAGAGUUGAACGAACUUCAUGAUAAAUAUGCAGAAUCCAAAGGAUUGCGUAUUUUAGCUUUUCCGUGUAAUCAAUUCAAUGGACAAGAACCAGGAGGUUCAGAUGAUAUCUGCAGUUUUGCUGAUCGACAGAAGGUGAAAUUCGAUUUAUUUGAGAAGAUUGACGUGAAUGGAGAUAAUGCACAUCCAUUGUGGAAAUAUUUGAAAAAGGAGAAGGGUGGUACUCUUGGCAGCUUUAUCAAAUGGAAUUUCACAAAAUUCAUUGUUGAUAAAGAGGGCAAGGUUGUGGAAAGGCACGGGCCAAAUACGGAUCCGAGCAAGAUAAACCUCGAAAAAUACUUCUAAGCGCUCAAAUAAAGGCACAAACAUAUCCUAUACAUUUUUUACAAUUGUUUAUUUAUAAAAUAUUUAGGUACAAAAGACUUAUGCACACAAUGUUUACAGCUUCACGUAGUGUACAAAUAUUUAUCGAGAUGACAAUGAUUGCACGCUUAUCACUUUUAUUCUUUAUUGUAUUCUAAAUACAUGUUUUUUCCGAAGUCUUA